AUGUCCAGAAGUGUGGAAGGGCACGUCGACGUCAGCAAGAGCGUCGACGAAGGCAGGCCGAGGCCCGAGCGGGACGUUGCCAAAGUUGCGACGGAAAGCGGUCGGCCGGAUCUCUGCAAGGGCAUCGAGGAAGGUGAGUCAACCGGAAGACCGUCAUCUGAAGGCAAAGCUGACAUGCGAGCCAUCAGCGAAGGAAAAGCCUUAGCUGACAAAGACGCAGCUCCCGAAGAUGUCGCGGUGCCGACAGGCAGCGCUGAGGGGAACCGAAGCACGGACGAUGGCAGCAGAGAUGAUGUCAGGGUCAACGAUGGAGGGGCGAGCCCUUCAAACAAAGAGUCAGAGAACGUCGACGACAAGGACAUCACCUCUGUAACUUCUGCUGUCACGCCGGUGGCAACGCCCGCUGCAGUAUCUCCGAUUCGGACGGUCUCGGAGACACCGCAGGUUGCCCCGGCCACGACAAUCAGCGCAUCCACCACGCCAGUGCAG